CACACAGCAGAGUGUUGUACCCUGCUGCGGGUAGGGGCGGGGCUAAUCGAGUCUGCUGUGAUCCUCCAUCUUCAUCAUUCACGUGACCAUUUGUAGCUCUCUGAUUGACUCCUCUUUACCACGUGACGUAAUGACACGUUGUCAUAGAGACUGACCCCACCCGCACCGCCACGUCACUGCCUCGGUGUAAGAAACGAGCGCUCUACGAUGUCCCCGACAGCUGCUGUUAGGCGGGGCUUAGAGGCCGUACGGGGCUGUGAUUGGCUGGGCUUUGCAUCAGCGGGCGUUGUUUUGAUUGGUCCGAAGUACAGCGCAGAGCUGUCCCUCAGAUAUAGGCCCCGCCCCUUGCUCAGACUGCGGACUGCUCUGGGUCCAGAAGUCAACUCUCCGCGGAUUAUCAGUUAUUAAUAACAGACCCGAUCAAUCAGCAGGUUCGGUUAGUCGAAGGGAAUGUCCCGGCUGCUGGAGAGCAGGAGACAGGACAGGAUGAAGGAAAUCAAUCUGAAGAAUAAGGAGAAGGUGCGUCUGAAGGAGCGAGAGAAGGAGGCGCGAGAGAGGGAGGCGAGGUCUAGUAACGGUCACCUGUUCACCUCCCUCACCGUCUCCUCCACCACCCUGUGCUCCUCCUGCAACAGGAGCAUCACAGCCAAGGAGGCGCUGAGCUGCCCAGCAUGUAAUGUCACCAUCCACAACCGCUGCAGAGACAGUCUUCCCAGCUGUGCCAAGAUGAAACAGAGGCAACAGAAACUGUCGUUGGUGAGGAACAGCUCGGCUCUGCAGAACGUGGCUCUGCGUAACAAAACUCCGAUGAUGAAGGAGCGUCCGAGCUCGGCCAUCUAUCCGUCCGACAGUCUUCGUCAGUCUCUGCUUGGGUCGAGACGGGUUCGCUCCGGGCUCUCGCUCGCCAAGAGCGUCUCCACCAAUAACAUCGCAGGGGGGUUGGAGGACUCUGUGGGUCUCAGGAGGAUUCUGUCUCAGUCCACUGAGUCUUUGAACUUCAGGAGCCGAACCCUGUCCAUGGAGUCCCUGACGGAUGACGGUGAGUGGUGGUGGAGCCCCCUGCUGGAGGAGCUGCAGGAGGAAGGCAGCUGUGUUCAGGCCGACAGCUGGAGUCUCGUCGUGGAGCCAACCUUCCUGCAGACGCUUCAUAAAGACGUCAUCAAACAGCAGGACGUCAUCUACGAGCUCAUACAGACUGAGUUCCACCACGUCCGGACCUUGAGGAUCAUGGAGGGUGUGUAUCGGCGGGGGAUGCAGGAGGACGUGAUGUUGGAGGCGGGCGUUGUUCACAGCGUGUUCCCGUGUCUCGACCAGCUGCUGGAGUGGCACACACACUUCCUGUCCGAGUUAAUGAAGACGAGGAGGGAGGGUCUGAUGGAGGGCAGCUCCACCAACUUCACUGUCAAAAGGAUCGGAGACCUGCUGCUGCGCCAGUUUUCAGGUCAGUCGGCAGACGACAUGAAGAAGACUUAUUCAGAGUUCUGCAGUCGACACCCGAAAGCCGUCAAACUCUACAAAGACGUUUUGGCUCGAGAUCGCAGACUGCAGCAGUUCAUCCGGCGUGUUUGUCGGGGUCCUCUGCUGCGUCGCCAUGGUGUUCAGGAGUGCAUCCUACUGGUGACACAGCGAAUCACAAAGUACCCAGUCCUAAUCCAACGAGUCCUCGACAACACCAAAGGAAGUGAGGAGGAGGUGCAGGCUCUGAGCCAGGCGCUUCUCCUCCUAAAGAAGCUCAUCAGCUCGGUGGAUAAGGAGGUGCUUGAGCUUGACCGGACUAGGAGGCUACAGGAGAUCCAGGCUCGUCUGGACCCGCGGGCGCAGGCGGAGGUACGGGGAGGAGGUGUGUUCAGAGGAGGAGAGCUGCUGAGGAGGAGGCUCAUCCAUGACGGGACAAUCCUCUGGAAGGUGCAGGGCUCCAGGAUGAAAGACGUACAGGUUCUGCUGAUGUCAGACAUCUUGGUUUUUCUUCAGGAGAAAGAUCAGAAGUUCACCUUUGCUUCACUGGACAAGUCUCCAGUGGUGUCCCUCAACAACUUGAUUGUCAGAGAUAUAGCCAAUCAGGAGCGUGGGAUGUACCUGCUCAGUGACUCCACCCCCCCUGAGAUGUACGAGCUGUAUGCUACCUCCAAAGACGAUCGAAAGACCUGGAAGACCCGAAUCCUACAGGCUGCACAGAGUUGUCCGUCCAGACAGGACUUCCCGCUCAUCGAGACUGAAGACAAAGCUUUACAGCGCAGACUCAGAGCUGACAUCCAGCAGAAGGACAGGGAGGUGCUGGAGCUCCUGCAGGAGCGGGUCACUCUGUUUUCCGACCUGGUGGAGGCAACAGGAAGAGGCACAACAGAUGAAGAAGAUGGUUUGGACCUCAGCACCUCCUCCUCAAGGACUUCCUCCUCCUCCUGCAGGAACCUGUUCAGAGCCGACACUCCUCAUGCUCCUCAGGCUGAGCCGCUCCUCAGCGCCUCCAUCGCUGAAGUGGACAGACUGACUGAGCUGCUGCUCGACUCCAACAUCCAGAAAUCCACUGUAACCAACGGCAACCAGGAGCUGAGCAAUGGUGACUCUGGUUCUCUGAACGGUUCUGUCGGCUCAAAGAGCUCCUCACAGGACAGAAACGGAAACCAGCUGCAGGAGGGAACGCUCGGCCAGGGGAUCUGUCAGCGAUUGAUCAGUCUGAGCACACACCUGCACGCUCUGCAGGCUGCUGUGAUUCGUCAGGACUCGAUCCUGGAGCUGUCAGUCACAACAGGUGCCUCUUUCUCUACCUCUGGCCCUGCCCCGCCACGACUCAGUCGAUCCAUGUCCCGGGACGCAGGUAUGGACUCCAGCGGGGAGGCGGAGCUGCUGCGGCGACAGGUGGGGCUGCUGCAGGAGGAAGUGACACGACUGCGUCUGAGGAGGGACGAGCCUGCUGGAGAGGGGGUGGGGUCAGGCAGCAGGAACAAAAGCAAUGGAGAGAUCAGUGAUGGCAUCAAGAAAGAACAGCAGGUGAGCAGGAGGCGUGGCAGCAGGGAACAGGAGCCCUGCCCCCUAGCCCCAUUGGCCGUUCAGGAUCCUGUCGACCAAUUAGACGGUGUACAGGAAGAACAUGAGGAGGAGGGAUUGGAGAUGAUGAGGAUCUCUCCUCGCUCUGACAGCCCCAGAGACCUGCAGGACAUCCCAGAGGAGAGCGAGUGUGGAGCUGAUCCCACCUAACAUGACACCUCUGCCAGUGAUGUCACCGUGAUGUCAUGGAGAUGUCACAGACAAACAGGGACAGAAGACUGAUUAGACUGUCAGACUUUUAUUGUGAAAGUUUGAGCUGGAUAUUAUGUAAUUUCCUGAUAUCUGACGUGCUGUCAUCAUUUGUUCCUGAAGGGAUUUUAAAUCUGACCUGUUUACGUCAUAACAUCAGCUGGAAAGUUUAAGGGGGGGGGGUCUGAGUGAUUAAGCUACAUUGAUAGUCAUCACACUACAUUUCAUUUUAUAAAACAGUUUAUAUAUGACAUGAUUAUGACAUCAUUUUAAACUGUGGUAAACGAGGGGGGGGGGGGGGGUGAAUGGACAGAAAGCAUCCCUGCUGUCUGUUAGCAUGUUAGCAUGUAUCUGUAUAGAAUCUGAACGUAUUGUGACUUCCUGGUUGGUUUUAACCAAUCAGCUGGUUUGAGGAUGUUUUUAUAGAAACGUUAACUCUGAUGAUAUUUUAACCAAAACACUUUAAUCUGCAGAGCAGAACUGUAAUGUGAUGAUGGACAGCAGCAGCUGUUACAGACUAUGAAGUAAAAAUAAAAGUUAAAUAAACGAAUUUCAGAAUAAAACGUGAGGAUCAGCUCAGCUCUUUAAACUGAAGGAACCAACGUUUCCAUGGAAACCGCCUCAACGAUCACUGACUCUUAUCUGAUGCUGGAUGAAAUGAACUCUUUUACCAUCACCUGCACUAAAAACCUGUCAACACAAAGAUUCUCUGUUAGGACAGAUGCUCGCUUUGUGAUGUUUUCAUGUUUGACAGAUGUCCAAAGUUCAGACUGAAACCAGAGUCAAAGUAAAAUCUGAAGAACUUCUAAAGUACUUUUUACUCUGAACCUUUAAAACAUUUGACUGAAGUUAAUUUGUGUAAAAAUAUUGAUGAUAAAUCUGUAAAUGUUUGUUGUCGUUGUGUCGUGUGCUCUUGAUUAUUCUAAUCAGCUGGACAGCGUGCUGUAGGUUUUUAUUUCUGUACUUCAUCGCUCUGAUUAUAACUUUAUUAUACAUUAUUAUUUUAUGAAGUAAAAAUUGAAAUAAUAAUAAAACAGUCGCAGUGAG